AGAUCCCUUGGCACCUCCGUGAGUACUAAUACAAUUUCCUUUCAUUUUCAUUUUUUUUAUUGGCACCAGUGACUAACCUAUUUUGUUAGCCUGCCGACGCGAAUGUACCCGCUGCUAUUAGUACCGUCCGAACUACUAGUAAGACUUUGACUCAGACUCGUCCGUUGUCUGCUGUCCCUCCGUCUGCACGUUCCCCCGUGCUGCCAGACAAAAAUUUGCAACGAAACUUAAUGCCAACUACGACUACGACUGUUAUGACACAGACUGCCACUCGAUCAUCUAAUACUACUCGUUCCAAAGCGACAGCCGUCCCGCCGUCUUCUACCACAGCUCGGUCGUCGGUAGUGUCAUCUUCUACCGCUACUGCCCGUCCCCAUUCUACCGUUCGUCCCCCCAAUACUACUCCCCAUCGCGCACCUUCCACCAUUCGCCCGCCCCCCAGCAACUACGUGAUACCCCCUCGCCAGGGCACCCAACCCCUUCAGCUCAACUCGAACCGCUCAACUUCGAUAGAGCUCAGCGCCGCUCCAAUCCGGAAAGGUCCGUUGAUUUUCGCUGCUAUGGCCAUCGAUCAGGCGCCCAUCGGACAACGAGAAAAUAUCUCGCCCAAUCAAAACCCAGCAAUGACUAACAAGCGCUCAUCCAUCAUUCAACAACAAAAUGUACCUCUCGCUGGGAGCCAACGCCCACAAGCACCUAUUAUCACCAACCAACGCCAACACCCGCAAGCACCUAUCAGUCAACAUAACAACUCUGUGAACGCCACGCACAUCUCCGCACCAUCAGCGCGGCGUGGUGCAGAUCAUGAUACACUUGGUUACCCGUCUCCUCCCGCGGAGUAUAGAACUCUAGACCUUGGGAGGGGUGUUAAUGUGCCUUUUGGUGUAUCCGUGCCUUCCAUGGAGCGCGCACCCGUGCCUCUGACAUAUGCACCUACGGGGGUACCUUUGACAUCAGAGCGUGUGGGAUUGGUGCGCGGGGGAUCGGAGCGUAUCACUCCGUCUUCGACUUCUGCACAGGGACAGGGACAGGGACAGGGACGCUUUGUAGCUACGGGCCCGACUGCGGCUGGAGCUGGAAGGCGUAUUUCAUUGGACGUAGGAUCUGGGCAUUCAUCAGACGCCAUAAUAGGCCGAUCAUCAGACGCAGGACCUCCCCAGAGCCGUAUCAGAGUCUUAUCAGACGCUGUCCCUCCAUCGCUGCGCAAACUCAACCGAGUGACGAGUAAAGAAAGCCUCAAGCCUCGCGUGUUGACCAAGUCACGUCCUCCUACUCCUUCCUCUUCUACUUCUGGGCCUUCGGUGCCGACCAAAUUACUAUCUAAGAAAGUAUCGAUGGAGGGGUUUUCGGAGGACGCGUUAUUCUUGGAUGAGGACCCAUUUAAGAAGGUCGAGGGGGUGCAGGUUGUAAAGUCCUGCGGAAGUGAUGAGGGGGUGGCGAGGCCGGUGACGCCCUCACGGCCCAAGUCACCUCUUCUUGCGAGGCCCAAGUCGCCGUUAACCCCCGAGUCCCCUGAAGACUAUGUAUCCGCACGGACCCAGCGCCGAGGACAAUGGCUCGAGAAGACGCGUCCUCCUCUCGUCGCUGAUGUGAUCGUUCAGCAAGAAGUGAUGAACAAGGAAGCCGAACUUCUUCAAGAAGAGGAAGCUGUCCGUCUGCGAAAAGCGGAGGAGAUGCGACGAAUGGAAGAAGAGGCGCGCCAAAGAGAGGAAGAGGAGCGAAUGGAGAAGGAAGCAGAAGAAAAGCUUCUGAAGGAAGAAGCUGAAGAGAAGCAACGAUUGGAAGAAGAGCUCGCUAGGAAGCCUCCUUCGUUCUACCCUAUCGUUUCGCAUCUCGCCGACGCGUCGCUUCUACUGCAUCUCCUGGAGUAUUUGACGUUUAGUGAUUGGUGCGCGCUGUAUGCGGCGAAUAAGGAGGUGAGGGCCGUGUUUGAGAGCCGGGUGUUGAGAGAGUAUGUGCUCGAGCAGUUUUUGGGAACUGUUGGGUACAAGAGGUGGAGCUUCGAGUGGGCGGAGCCGCUUGCGCUGUCUUUGAAGGUCAGUCCCCUUUCGGCACACUGUAUGAUGUGAUGUACUAACGCAAAUCAAAGGACCUAAAUGACUACAUGCGAGGUGUCUCAAUGCCCACUCACCAAUAUGCUCAACUGGCGGACGCGUAUCUCCAGCCCCGUAUCCCCAACCCAGCAGCCCCAGGAGAUCGUCCCAAAUUCACCGUCCCGGAUAUUCUGUCGCUCGCUAUGACCACUCGUGCGUAUACGAGGGUUGUGUUACGGUUGAGGGCGCAGGCUGAGAGUGAAGCG